GGAGGUGUGGAUGUGAAAUUUACCCAGAAACCUUCAAAUCCAAGCUACUUUAACGAUGGUAGUGAUGCAAACCUGGUGUGGGACUACACUGAUCCACAUAAUAAGGUUCAGCACAUUAUCUACAGUGUUCUGGUAAAUGGUAAAUUUGUCGAAAUGAUGUUUAACGACAGUGCUGGUGUCCAAGAAUAUGUCAAUAUUCCACUUUCUUACCAAGGAAGAGUUAAAAUUGAAGGAAGAGCUACCUUGGUUAUCAAGAACAUCAACCCUGGAGACAAUACCAAAUUUAGGUGUGAACUCGAGAGCUCAGAACUGCUUCCAAGUGUAGUGGAGCUUAUUGUGGGAGGUACGUAAUACAGACAUAAACAUUAAUAAUCAAAACAUAAAUCAAAUACAUUCAAGUUAUAUCUCUUAUAUUUCUGAGAUCUGGAUAAAGUAAACAAUAGCUUAAAUUUGCGCAAACCAUUAUAUGCUGGGUUGAAAUUGGCUGGCUAAUUCGGCUUUUGGGAACAAAAAUUAUGGUGCUUCUUUUACUUGGAAUGUGAUACCACACUCCUAAAAGGAGAAAAGAAAUUCUACCAUCUACUUUACUGUUUUUCAUCAGUAAGAAAUCAAAGAGUUAUCAAAGACUUAUUGUUUUAUUCUUCUGGAUUGUUCUGUAAUGCAUAGAUAACUAUUACUAAUUAAUAUGUGUACAGACAUUUUCUCUCAGCAAAGCUUUCAAUUAAAAAUGGUCUGUCAAAAGUUGAAACAACCCAACUGGUCGUACGACUUUGCUAAGUCAAUGAAGGAAAAUAUUGUGUGACCAAUCACUAGCAGCAUGUUAAUUCAAUUUGGUGUGAAAAAAAUGGUAUUGCUUUUAAUUCAAGCCUUUAAAAGAGACUUGCUAAAGGCAAUGAAAGUUAACACUGCACCAUUUGCUGCUUUCUGAGGAUUAUGAUCUUUAAGGUUUGCAGAUGUAAAUCUAGUCUACAGAGUGCUGAUUUCCUUUAGUAAUAUAUCUGACACUAAGAACCAAGUCGAGACUUAGAGGAUUUGUGUGAUGGAGCAAAAUUUUCUCAAAGUUAUGAAAGUAAUAAACCAAUAAAGUCUAAGCGUGCAAACAGAAAAUAAUUCAAUUAUGGUCAGUGUGGCCAGGUAGAAAUGCUGUUCUUAGCAGAUGUUGUUAUUCAUAGAGGUCAGUUCAACAGCUCUAACUUUACUGCUGACUUUGGUUGCUCCACUGAGGAACUGGCUGGAUUCCACAAAGAGCUUGAAGAGACUAAAAGUACUCAAUUUCAGUUCAGAGUAUGAAACGUUUUGUGACCUUAUGUAACAUAAACUUUUCAAAAACUUUUCAUGUAAAAAACAGAAGCCUAGUUUUCAUUGAAUAUACUUUUUUAACCUUCUUUCCAAGUGUUUUACCAUUCACUUUUUAAUACAUUAUCUUGGAUGUCCUAACAACAUUAAGUACAUGAAAUUGAUUUUACUUUGAUUGGGUUUCGCAAAAAAAAAAAAAAAAAAGCUUUCUCCUUUAAAUUAUCGUGACUAUAUUUCAUCAUCAAGUGAUUAAUGCCACCUCUUCCAGGUGGUAGUAGAGCACUUAGGUUUCUGCUAUUUUAUACUACUGAUGUCAUCAUUGACAUUGAUGAGGCUAAUGCUUACAAGGUUUCUUCCAUUUGAAGGAAGUUCAGAAUUAUCUUGUUCCUUUUGAUAGGCAGCAAAUUUUAGCACAGUUUGAAGGACAGCUGUUUGCACACAUUUACAAGGGCUAAAGCAAAGCAUGAUAAUGGUCUUCCAACUGAUGAUAAUUCAGUUCAGUUAAUUAUCCUUUGAUGAUAAUUUCAUGUAGCAUUAGCUUGUUUUGCAUGAAAGCUGUAUGUUUUGGAUUGUGGUAUAGAUCAAGCUAGCAUACACUUACGCUUGAUGAAACACGUUCCGCUACAUAACUCUCUUAAGGCUCUUGUACCCAACAGAUUAUUGGAGAUGUUUCAAAGGUAGCACCUCUAAGUCUCUAAAGUAGGUUAAUAUAAAUCCAAACAAAAGUACAUAGAAUUCUAUAAUAGUUUCUGGUUUCUUCCUAAACUUCUUCCAAGAUUUUGUAAUAUUGUUAACUGGAUGACAAGCUAUAUCUGGACCCACCGAAAUUCUGGUAUUGUUAAGUAACCGUGCAUUAAGUUCCUGUACACUUACACCUAUGAUAUAUUUGUUACAACUUCAGUUGGAGGCUCUUCAAAUUGGCAGCUCUUAACCUCUUAGCUCUUGCUACUCUGGUUAGCAAGGUAUUUUUUUGGUUUCUUACUCAAACCUUGAAGCACAAAUUAUUAACAGUGGUCUCCAUACAGUCCAUUCUUAAUGCAGGAAAUUCAUUCGCUUUCUUUGCACUUGGCUUGGGCUUAAGAACGUUUUAUUUGCGAGUAUAAUUCUUCAAAAUGUGGAGGAAAAGUCCGAAACUCUCGCUUCUGCAAACUCCCUUUGCAGAACAAUCAUGAUGAACAAUCAAAUUACUUAAUGUUUGACAAAAGAAUGAUACAAGGAUGUGGGUAAGUUCUUCUCUUUAAGUAAUGGGCAAGCAGCAUUCAGCAUGCUACUGGUGUAUUCUUUUCAUCUGGAAAAAAUCCAUAGUGUCUCUUUCAUUUAAAUCCCAGUUCUCUGGUUUGAGGAUGUCUCCAGUAGAUCUUUUGUCAAGCCAAGUUUCAAGUGAGGCGUGGCUUGAUUAGCUCUGUUCCUAUUUUUUUGUGCAACAGCAAAAAUCUUAUCCAAAAAAGUGUUAGUAGCUUAGAAGCCAGGAUCCUCAGCCCAAUAAGUAACUUCCUAAAUUAGCUCUUAAUUCCCGUGGCUGGAGCUCUGCUUUAUAAUUUAGCUUGUGAAAAAGCUAAAUUGUACUGAAUGAAGUUUGAGCUUCCUUAUACUAGUGGCUGGAGCUCUACUUUAUAAUUUAGCUUGUGAAAAAGCUAAAUUGUACUGAAUGAAGUUUGAGCUUCCUUAUACUAGUGGCUGGAGCUCUGCUUUAUAAUUUAGCUUGUGAAAAAGCUAAAUUGUACUGAAUGAAGUUUGAGCUUCCUUAUACUAGUUGGUUGUUGGGGACCAUUUGGUGGAUACUUUUGUUUAUUUUAUUGUAAUUGGGUAAAUUUUAAUACUCAGUCUAAGUAAGAUUUGCUGCGCCCUAUGAGGAGUGAUAUAAACUCUUUAUCUUUCAGAGGCACCACUUAUAAACCUCUCGUUAGGAGGGAAAUAUUACAUUGAAGGAACCCCUGUCACCAUAGCCUGUGAAGCUUCUGGGAAACCACUGCCGGAUGUAGCGUGGAUUAGGAAUGGAGUACUGGAAAGUUCAGGGAAGAAAGCUGCGUUUUUAAAGUUCGAUAAUAUAAACAGAACAGAUGCGGGACAAUAUACAUGUCGAGCCAAUAACUCAGUGGAAGUCACUUCUGUUGACACAACAAUCGUAGUUCACUGU